AUGGCCCGCCGUGAAGAUGAUGAAGACAACGGCUUUACUUCGAACGUCCGAUACAAUGUCGAUCAUUGUCUAGUGGAUCAUGAAGCAAUGUUCGGAAUGAUCGCUGAAGAAUCGGAACAAGAAAAAUUAUUGGCUGACUUUCGUAAUUAUGAUAAUAAUCCUCGUGAUGACAUUCCGGGCCCAAUUUCUUUUAUGGGCCGAGGAAAUGGACGUUUUAGUCACACUAACAACGGAAAUGAUGGAAUUCAAUCAUCACUUUAUCCAACAAUGAAUUCAGCUACUCAACAAUUGAUGAUGAAUAAGAAAAAUCGAAAACAACCAACAACAACCGAAUUGCAGCAUUGGAAAGAAAUGCGAAAUCUAGUAGAGGAGAAGGGACAAAGUAAAUUUCUUUCAUCCCUCAAACAAAUUCAAGAAAAUAGAACAGGAACUGCAAAAGACAAAAUUCCACUUUUACCUGUAAUUGUUCGACAAAUUUUACAUUAUGAUUCACAUGAAUCAGCUCAUGUUGUAGUUGGAGAAAUUGGAUCUGACAUGGAAAUGGAGGGAACAAUAUCAAGAAAAGCCAUUGAAAGAAAUCCGAGUAUUCUCACAGUUGGAACGGUGGUUUUAUUGAAGAAAAUUCAACUUUAUUGUCCUAGGCCUGCAAAAUUUCACUUGAUAAUUUCAGAAAAGAAUACAGCAAAAGUUUGGACCAAUGAUACUGAAGAAGCAAACAAAAAGUUAAAAGUGGAAGCUACACCAUUAUCAUCAGCCAUUCGAGUGACCAAUGAAGACAUGGACUCCUUUGGCCCAAAUAUUGAUAGUAUGGAUUCGACACCUCCCUCUGGUGACCGUAGAGAAGAACCUGUUUCUGUUCAUCACUAUCCUGCUACUACUGCUGCUACUACUGCUCGUUCUACAACCAAUCCAACUCUUGCCAACAAACCCCAACAUUUGACAAGCACAGAAAAAUUCGUACCUCCUCCUCAAGCAUUUCUACGACCACCACAAAAACCAGCAACAAGCAAUAGCACGACACCACCGAAUUUAAAUUCCACGAACCGUUUUCGACCUCCACCACCUCACUAUGAAACACCAGAAACACCAAAAUCGAAUGACUCCAAUCUACUGCCGAAUGAAUUUGAAUUUUCACAACCUCUAUUAACCACGCCGUCACGAUCCAACCACUCCAACCACUCGAGGUCGAGUACUGAAAAUCUCUCUCCAGAAUUAUUAAGCACGACAACAUCCACCAAACGAAAAUUCCAUCCACCACCCAUGAUCUCCUCACAAUCUUCAAUAGAAAAUGACAUGCCUAACAAGAAGAGAAAACAAUUAAUGGUGGCACCUUCUCUGGAUCCAAUCAAUGAUCUAUCCCAAACACCUGGCCAUUUUCAAAAAGACUCGUUCAAUGAUCCCUUAUUUGAUGAAAACUCCAAUCAGUCCACACCCAUGUCCUAUUCACCUCCUCUUUUUCAAGAGCAGCGAUCCGCGACAAGCAAAUCACCAAGCGAUCAAGCAAUUCCUCUUUUCAAUGCAGCUUUGAGUAGUGUUGGAGACAUGGCCAACUCACUACACAAAACUCCUUCUCCAAGCUCUACCUCUGGUAAAUCAGUAUUGCCACCUCAAACCAUGGUGGGUACGACAACUUUAACAACCAAUCGCGAGAAAACCUUGGCAGCAACCACUCACAAAGUUACAAUGCCCAUUGAAGACGAUGACCCUCUCAAGGGUAUUAUUGACGAUGAUGACGAGAUUUUAAUACAUCAGAAAGAACGAUCUGUUGUGAACAUGACAAUUCCAAACAUUGACCACACUCGUUCUGCCAUGAAUGCUGGUACUGCUCGAUCUUCACACCCUCCAACAGCUCAAGAUUCUCAUGUUUCCGUGGUGAACAAUACAUCGACGCAUGAACGAAUACCUCAAUUGACAAACAAGACUUUGGGUAUGGGAUUUAAACUUGCUCAACUAUAUUCUUCUCCAACUAAAAAGACAAAACCAACUGUGAAUUUUGAUGACGACAACGACGAUCCUCUCAAAGACAUUCUUGGAGAUGACGAUACCAAAGAGCAAUCCUUAUUCCAGGAAGCUCCUCUUCACCAACCUGUAUCUACUACAGUAGUGGUCGGUAAACUACAACAACCAACCAAGAAAGUGAUUGCAUUUGACGAUGAAGACUUUUGA